UUAAGUUUUUCCGACAACAUCAAGAUCAUGUCUUUGUCCAACGAUUCUAAUUUAGUCGACAUUAUUUCUUAGGUAUAUAUUUUAUCGAUAAUCGUAACAACUUUAAUUUUUUGUGGAGCGAAUCGAACCGUUUAAACCAACUUUAAUCCUCCGUGAAGCGGAUCCCACCGCUGCCACCAAAAAUUUAAAUCUCUAAUGUUACGUAUCAAUUUGUUUGUUUAAAUCGAUCAAAUCUUAAGUUUAAAUUUUACUGAAAAAUUUUUUUUUUUCGUUUGAGUUUGAAUUUAAUCUUAAGGGAAAUAAAUUGAAUUGAUAUUAUUGUGUAUGUAAUACUGAUUUAGAUUUCUAAUUAAUACGGUAGUUGCUGCCACCAGAAAUAGUCUAAGGACUAUUUCAAAAUAUUUUAUUUUUUAUUAUCUUUUUUCGUUUAAUGGGUAGCGUUAACUGACGCUUAAUGCAACUGGUAAACGAUUUCCACUUUUCGGCUAACCUGCUAUGUGCAGGGAUAUUGGCACGGGAGAGGAUUAAAGCUGGGAACAAUAAAUAUUUGUCCUCGUUAAACGGAUUUUUAUUUGAAUGUAGAAUUGCUUAGAUUAUUACCUUUAUAUAUAUUUUAUUAGCCGGAUAUAUAUAUUUUAGCGUUGCUGGAUUGGAUAGGAAUGUGAGAUUUUUCGUUGUUUUAUAUAAAUUUAUUUUUACGUUUGACUUCUUCUUCUCUUUUAAUUUCGCUGUAGUAGUUUGCCGUUAGAACCGAAACUCAAUUCAUUUACUACGAUGGAUUCUGUUACCAUGAUUUUCUUGCCUUUUGAGUUUAAUAAUCGAGGAUGAUUCUAACGAUCCUCUCUGUGUGGGACUCGUGUGAUUUCGCAAGCCUUGCCCAAAGACGGGUAAUAUUUUACCAACAGUGGGAGGAGGAAUGCGAAGAUCGAUGGGUGUUUUCGAUAAUCGAAAACACCGUUUGCACAAGCCAACACAGCGAACGAUCCUUUGGUUAAAUUUUCGAAGGGAAAUUGUUCUGCUAUUUCUCUCUUACAAUCGCAUGCAAUGAUGGCAAGAAUAUCGGUUAAUAGCAAUGCCGGUAUUGCUCUUAAUUUUCGAUUGACCCCGACGAUGUAUUUAAUGGUCCUCUCUGUGCGGGACUUGUGUGAUUUCGCAAGCCUUGCCCAAAGACGGACAAUAUUUUGCCAACAAUGGAAGGAGGAAUGCGAAGAUCAGUGGGUGUUUCAGUAGCUGAAAAUACCGUUCGCACAAGCCGACACAGCGGACAACUCCUUUGUUUAAAGUUUAAACAAUGAUUCUAUCUUCAAAACCGUUCACGAAAAUAAAACGAGAUCGAUGAUAGGAAGUUCUAAUUCGAUUCUCGAGGGCAACGAGAUUAUCAGAGAAGAAGGAAAUUUUCAAAAUUAAUUUUCUUACCUUGAGGAGUAGGUGCUGUCUGGUGCCAUUACCUCAGCUGCUCCGGUGGUCGUCGAAGUUUUUGUUGGGUUUAUUACUUGAACUCGAAUAUAGUUUACUAUCAACUUUUACUUUAUUUAUCUAUUUCGAUACAGACUGAACAAUUUACUAACUGGAUUAAUACCGCAAUUACAAUGCGCGUUUCUGUCUAAGCGAUGAAAUGAGGACUUCAAAGAUAAAAUCUUUCUUUUACUUAGUCGCGGUUCUCUUUUCUUGACCGAAAAACUAAAGACCCCGAAACGCAAAAUACUAUACAAAAUUUCUAAACGCAAUGAUGAGCGCAAUAACGAACGUAGUAACAAUGAACACAAAAUAUAAUGAGCACAAGAAUAAUGAACGGUAAUAACAAUGAUCACUAUAAUAAUGAACGCAAGGAUAAUAAACGUAAUACGAAUGAUCCGUAAUAACAAUGAACACAAAAUAUAAUGAGCGUAAUAAGAAUGUUCACCAGAAUAAUAAUGAGCGCUGCUCUAUGUUGCUUCGCUUAUUUAUAAUGCCAUCCCCCACGGGGUGGUGGUCCACUGGGGGUACGCUUCCGUGGGAAUCGGGAUGUUGCAGUUUGGGUUUCUUGGAAUCGUACGUGACAAAAUGUAAAUUCCGUAUUUCGACUUAGUUUUUAUCGGUCCUGUGCUUCUGCUGAGCUAGCGUCUAGGAGGCUUGAAGCAUUCCAUGCUGAUCUAGUCUUUUCCGCGAGAAACUUCUAUGUUUUGUACCGUGGGAAUUACCCGUGUUUCUUCGGCGCGUGCAAGGGCCGGCGGCUGCAGCAUAAUUAUCACCUCGAUGUUUGCUCGGGCAACACGCGCAAUUCCGCUGCUCUCCCACAACAAGGACCUCCUUCUUCGAGUUAUUUUUCGCUUCGGUGAUCGUCGUUCGGACAAUGUUUGCGGAGGCAUUUCCAUCAGAGACAUGCAAGAAAUUCCGUGUUGGAGAGCGAUGUUGCGAGUUCGAGUGCCUGGACCACCUGAAGACCGGAACUGUCUAUAGUUUAUGUCGUUGAUGAUAAUAAUUCCUCCACGACUCAACAACAAGAGCUACUCUGGGUGAUGAGCUUAAUGGUGCUGUUGCGGCUAUUUUAAUUUUUCAACAAGGAUCCAAAUGGCGCCGUUGACGAAAUUCUUUCAUUAUAAACGUCAACGAUCAACAUCAGCCAUCAGGGAACGAAGAAGGUACGCUGUAACGUGUCUGAGUAAUUAUACCUCGAGGAGUACAUACAGUUAUGUAAUGAAGAUUCGUAUGUGAGUGUUUGUUUUCUUAUUUCUUUUCCCUUUGUUUCAUUUGAAUGGAUUUUUGUACUCAAAGAGCGAGUUGACUGUAUGGUGGAUGUAUCUAAUGGUGUUGUAGUUGACUGUAUGUUGUUCAAUAUUGCUAUGAAACUCUUCUGAUUCAUUGUCACUUAUACGAAGGAUGGAAGUAUACGAAAUUGAUAAAAUUAUUAAUAAUAUUUACGAAGAGAAAGUAAACUGUUGGAUAUAUGACAAAAUAAUUCUAUUUUAAAUAAGAGACUGGUCAGAGUGGUUAUUUUGUUUACAAAAUCAAACGAAUUUAAUGAAUGUAAUGGUAAGGAAGUAACUAUAAGUGGCUGUUAAACUAUUUUUAUGCUUGAAAAGUAAUUCGCAAAGUAAUGUAAAGCAGUACUACUGAGUUGUACAUAACCUCUUUCAGAAUUUGUUCUUAACCUCUUGCUUCAUAACUUCCUUAAUUAUACUCUUCAAACUUAUUGACUACUUCGAUGUUGUUACGAACAGAAACUGAUAAAAUAUUAAUCUUAAAUAAUAUAUAUAUAUAUAUAUAUAUAUGUACUACUUACUCAAACUAUGGAUCACAUAACCUAUACAAAAAAAAAAAAAAAAAUUAUUGUACACUAUAAAGCAAGAGGUUAAAUCUUUAAUCUGUUAAGAAUUAAAUUUUUUAUUGUAACUGCGAAAAUUAUAAAAGUACCAAGCGAAGCAAGUACGGAAUAUAUGCGGAAUAUGAAUCGCUCAACGAACCAAAGAGCGGCUCAGUGACAAAAUUAGUAAAGUAAAGACCACAAAUAUAACAACAUUAUAUUCUACCACAAAAUAAUUCUCUAUACAAAAAAGGUACACAACGAAUCGAUUUUUCACAACGAUAAGAGUCAACAGAACCAAUCAAGACCAGGCGAGACUCUCAUAAGACAACGAUAUCAGAGGAAUCAAAUCAGCGACUUCAAUCUAUAUUACAGAGUAUAGUUAUCAAGAAAAAUUGCUCUUUUCAUGAAAAGUAUGGUAAUGAUACUCUUAUAAUACAUUGUAUAUCUGGCAGUCGGGUGUGCCCGUGGCCAUCGGAAAUGUAAAGACGACGCUUUUAGAAAGUGAUAGCGCCAUCGCGUUUUAAAAACGCGUUAGAAGAAGGACGGUUUCGCUAUCCAAGGCGAAUCGAAAAGUGUGCGUGUUGCGAGAAUCAGAGUUGAUCGAGACGUCGAAGCAUAGAAUCGUUAGAAUUGAGUUGCGAGUGUUGUCGAGUGUUAGAGUUGCUAGUGAGAGAGAGAGAGAGAGAGAGAGUUACCAAAUAGUUGUCAAGUUAUUUGUUGUAAAUACGAGCGUUGCAUUUAGUUUUCCUGUUAAUCAAACAUCGUUUCCCUGUCUAACUAAUAUCUGUAUUUUCAAUCCAUUAUUAAUAUAUUCCGAUAUUACAAGUGGGGGCUCGUCCGGGAUUGAAUAAGACAGAGAAACGAUACGAUUUAACGGAGCUAUUUCUGCGGGAGUAGAAAAGAAUAGAAUAAAAUGGCAAACGUUGAAGACGAACGAUUGUCGGAUGAAGAGGAUUUGACGCUGGAGGAGCUGAGGAGUAAGCUCGCACAGAUGAAUCUGCCUAUAUCCGGUGCGAGAUCAGUGCUGGUUGCCAAGUUGAACAGAGCGUGCAAACCUGGUCGAUCUACUCCUAAGGAUUCGAAGCGUGGCGAAGAACCAACAAACCAGCGAAAUCUAAGAAGCAAGCAGAGAGCCGAACGCAGUCAAGAGGGAGAGGAAGACCUCGAGAAGCUGAGGACGAAAGAGCUGAGAGCGCGUCUCGUUAGCUUGGGGUUGAAGGUAACGGGAAGAAAAUCCGAACUACGCGCGCGGCUACAGGCGGCCCUAGAAGGAGACGAUGUAUCGUCGGAAGAAGAGAGCUCCGACGAAAGUGAAGGCGAGGACGAUAAACAAGGCGCGCGAGAAUACAGGAGAGGCACGCGAGCGGUGUAUCAGGACCGCGAUGAGUAUCAGCAGAAGGUAUGCGUCGGUUCGAUGUUGAGUCUUAAAGACGUGGAAGACUCAUUAGAGAAAUUCAGCGGGGAUGAUCUGCUGAGUGUAAAUCAAUGGGUGGAAGACUUCGAGGAAAUGGCAGAAGUGUGGGGUUGGUCAGACGCCCACAUGGUGGCCUAUGCUAAGAAAUUACUCGCAGGCUCCGCUCAGGCCUUCGUACGACAAGAGCGAUGCGCGAAGUUCUGGGCAAAGCUAAAAAAGGCGUUGAGGAAUGAGUUUGAAAAUGUAGUAAGAGACCAACAGAUACAUGGCGAGUUAUCCCAUAGAAAGAAGAAAGCAGAUGAGAGUCUGCAACAAUAUAUGUAUCACAUGUGCGGGAUUGCAAAACAAGGAAGGAUUGAUACGCAAUCCUUGAUAGACUACAUUAUUCAAGGCAUUCCCGACGAGGUCGCGAACAAGACUGUGCUAUACGGAGCCAGGAAUAUCGAGCAAUUAAAAGAGCGUUUCAGGCGCUACGAAGCGAUAAGAAGAGAUAUGGAGAUGAGGACGAAAUUUGAGGAGCCGAAGAGUAGCAGGGUAAAGCCGGUGGCGAAGCUGUCCGAAACCGAGAGGAACAAGGAACCCGGUCGAUCUGGAGAUGCGAGGAAGGCGCGAUGCUACAAUUGCGGUGAUGCGGAGCACGUGUGUGCGGAGUGUCCGAGCAAGUCGAGAGGACCUAAAUGCUUCAAAUGUAGGGAGUACGGACACAUCGCAUCAAGUUGCGACAAUUUGGGUGAGCCCUCAAAAAAAGUUUACAGCGUGUUUCGGUCGUUACAAACAAGGCGUGGUAAGGAUGUUAAGAUGGAAAAUUUCGAAUUGAGCGCGUUGAUAGACACCGGUAGUGAGCUGACUCUAAUGCGAGCAGAUCAGCAUGUGAAAAUCGGAGCGCCCAGAUUAAGUCGGGAAAUCGUUGGAUUUCGCGGUGUCGGUUCCGGAAGGAAUUUUACGCUCGGGAAAUUUUCGACGAACAUUAUUAUAGACAAUGAGUCGUACUGUAUAACCAUACACGUAGUUCCAGACACAGUGAUGCAACAUUCGCUUAUUAUUGGCGCAGACUUUUUGGACACUGUUGAAAUAAGUAUAAAAGGGGGAGAAUCUUUUAUUAGUAGAAUAAAGGACGAAAAUCCCGAUGAGUGUCCGGAAGUCCUCAAGAUAGAUGUAGAGACACAGGCGAGUGAGAUAGAUUUGUCGCACGUUAAGGACAUGCAACAUAGGCUAAAAAGAGAUUUGAAGAGAACCAAAGCAUUGCUAAGAGACGCUCAAACGAUGCUGGAGAGAUCGAAAGGUGACUCGACGGGUAAAGCAGCUUUACGACAGCUGAAGAACCAGUUAGAAGAUGCAGAAUGCGCUAGAGCAGUUGCAGUUAAAGCGAAACAGGCACUGGAGCAAGAACUGAAUGAGACGCAGGCUUCGUUGCAGGAAGUACUGCGGCAACGUUCCGAAGCAGAAGAUCGUGUUAAUGUAGCUAGUCGCGAACGAACUGAGUUACUGUCGCAAUUGGAAGAAAAUAAAGAAGAGUUAGCAGAAGUUUUGAAGAAGUAUCGGGCAGCUGUGCAGCAAGUGUCGGAGGAACGGAGAAUAGUGGCAAGACACGUGGUGAUUGGUAAAGUGGACUACGAGAUGGUGUCCUCGUCGGAUUCUUGCGGCCAGCAGGAGGACUUAGCGAACAUCACGAGGAGGAAGAAUCUGGCUAAACAACAGCAACAGGAUGUUGUUGAUGAUAUUUGCGAAUUUACUGAGAAGGAUAGCGUUGCGGGUGUGAGGGUUGUUUCAAGUUUUCGGAUAGACUCGAAGAGAGUGAAUGCAAGGCGAACGAAAAGACAAGGGAAGUCGCACGUGCGGAAUCCCUCCAAUAAUAUCGAUACGAAGAUUCGAUAUACAGAGGAUGUGGAUGACGAGGACGACGAUGGGAUUGUCGAGGACACGAUGAACGUGAAGACCUUCGAAAAAGAAGAGAUCAUAGUCUCGGUAGAUGGUAAGUUGUUAACGUCUUCCAUGUACGAACCGAGCCUACGAAAAUGUCACGAUGCUGCCACGACGAUCAAAGACCCUGACAAGAGUGAAAUGGGUAAACAAACAACGGAGAGGAAGAUAGAGGAAGAGCGAAAGAGGAGCAGUAGCAUCGAAGACGACCAGGCCGCGGUGUUCCAAGAGGAACGAGAUCAGCUGCGUGCGGACGCAAAGAGACGGAUUGAGGAGAUCCAAAUCCGAAACAAGCGGGCGUAUAACAGGAGACGCAAGAAGGCGACAGCAUACAGGACGGGAGAUCUAGUGGCAAUCGAGAGGAUGCAGAGGGGUCCCGGGCUAAAGCUGCAUCCGAAGUUUCUUGGACCGUAUCGGGUGAUAAAAGUCCUGCGAAAUGACCGAUGCAUAGUGCAGCGAGAGGGGGAGCACGAAGGGCCACGUACAACUUCCACGGCAGCCGAUCACAUGAAAUGGUGGAAUGCUGACGAUAGUGAUGUAAGUGCGAGCGGCGAUGAUGAGCACAUCUGAGGGCAGAUGUGAUUGUCAGGAAAGGCCGAUUGUAAUAUCGUAGAAUAGCUUUGAUUGGAGAUCGGCUGAAAAUAGAAAACCCGUGUACGUCAUGUUUCUGUGGUUCGUCUACAUUUAAGAGUGCCUACGUGACUAAAGGCACGUAGUUGGUAGUUCUUACAUAGCUAUGAGGGAAACAAUAGACAACGUUAGAAGAAGGACGGUUUCGCUAUCCAAGGCGAAUCGAAAAGUGUGCGUGUUGCGAGAAUCAGAGUUGAUCGAGACGUCGAAGCAUAGAGUCGUUAGAAUUGAGUUGCGAGUGUUGUCGAGUGUUAGAGUUGCUAGUGAGGGAGAGAGAGAGAGAGAGAGAGAGAGAGAGAGUUACCAAAUAGUUGUCAAGUUAUUUGUUGUAAAUACGAGCGUUGCAUUUAGUUUUCCUGUUAAUCAAACAUCGUUUCUCUGUCUAACUAAUAUCUGUAUUUUCAAUCCAUUAUUAAUAAAUUAUAAUUAAUCGAACAAAAUUACACCUUUAAUAUAUUCCGAUAUUACAUUACCGUGAUGUAAUAUUUAUCAUGCUUAUUUUGUACGUAAAACGAAUCGUUGGAAUAUUCCCGAAGCUAACGAAGCAUUUCCCAAAAGUUAAACCGAAGAAAUUAACGCGAAUAGUUAAGUGAAAUUUUUCCAUUAACUUGCUGACCAACCGGCAAAUAAAAAAUCAUAAAAAUUGUUUCAAUGUGUUGAGGUCACGCAUAACUUCUUUUUUCAUUGACGAUUACCAAACAGGUAAAAUUUCGAAAUUGUACGAAGGCCACGUGACCAGAUCGUAUUGGAAUUUGAAGUGCAUGGAAAAAGACAACUCGAAGUACAAACCUUGAGCUGUACUACUCGAAGUACAAACGUGAACUAAUGGAUGCAGAAAAGCAAUUAACGCCAAACAUCCGAACAGCAUCUUGGAGCCCGUCAU